AUGAGAAGUAAUCUAAGAAGGAAGAAUUUAAAACAUAAUUACUGCAUCAUUAGUCCGUUGCCUGAAUCUGACCUUCUUGUUUUUGAUAUUUUCGGGUUUAAUGAAUUCGACCACAGGUUUUUCGGCAUCAGUGACAGUGAAGUGGAACAAAUGGAUCCUCAGCAAAAACAGCUCCUGCAGUGUGUCUACAGGGCUUUAGAAAAUGCUGGAAUUCCAAUGGAAAAAGCCAGUGGGACCAGAACAGGAGUGUUUUUUGGAAUAAUGAACAGAGAUUAUGAAACAAAUGCUGCACAUGUGCACCCAAGUGUGAUCAACCACUGGACUGGCACAGGGCUUGCCAUGAGUAUUGCAGCAAACAGAGUCUCCUAUGUCUUCAACUUCACCGGACCUUCUCUAUCCUUAGACUCUGCCUGUUCUUCAUCCCUUGUGGCUCUUCAUCUUGCCUGUCAGUCAAUAAAACAAGGCGAUUGUGAAAUGGCUGUCUGUGGAGGGGUCAGCUGCAUAAUUGAGCCAAGACUGUUUGUUUUGCUCAGCAAAGCCAAAAUGAUCUCCCCUGAUGGAACCAGCAAACCUUUUUCCAGCAGAGCAGAUGGAUACGGCAGAGGGGAGGGAUGCGGAGUAGUUCUCCUAAAGCCACUGAAAAAGGCUCUUCAAGACCAUGACCAUAUCUGGGGUAUAAUCAGCAAAACUGCUGUAAACCAAGAUGGCCGCUCUGUCACGCCAAUCACCAAACCAUCCAUGACACAACAAGAGGAGCUUCUCCGCAGAAUCUAUUCAGAGUCUGACCUUGCAAAUGUCCAGUACAUGGAGGCACAUGGGACUGGAACCCCAGCUGGAGACCCAACAGAGGCACAAAGCAUUUCCAACGUCAUUGGUAAAUCUAGACCUCCCGGUUCAAAGACACUCUGGAUUGGCUCUGUGAAGAGCAAUAUUGGACACACAGAAUCUGCUGCUGGAGUUGCUGGACUCAUUAAGGUUCUCCUGAUGAUGAAGCAUGAGACCAUUGUUCCUUCGGUGUUCUACACUGAUAAGACUUCCAGUGUAGAUACCACAGCACUAAACAUUAAAAUUCCUAAGGAGCCAGAAAAAUGGGAAAGCUCUAGUGCAGGGGUCCCCAAUCUCAGUCCACGAGGGCCGGUUGCAAGAGUUGCAGGAGUUAACAGCUUUGGUUUUGGGGGAACAAAUGCACAUGCCAUUGUCACACAGCACAUCCAGCCAUAUUCUAAGCAAAGGCGUGAUGAGAAGCAAGUCAAGUAUUUUGUCAUAUCUGCAAAUUCUUCAAAAUCACUUAUCAUGAUGAUGGAAAAUACCAUCAAUCAGCUACAGGCAGAAAAACUGUUUGAUCUAGAUUCUUUGCUCUACACGUCAGCUUGCAGAAGAACCCACCAAAAACAUAAAUACAGAAAGGCCAUCACAGUGUCUUCUGUAGUUAAUCUAAAAGAGAAGCUAAUUGCUACUACUGGCAAAAAUGUCAGCGUUGCCUUCUCAGAUCCAAGGUUAGUCUUUGUCUUCUGUGGAAAUGGUGUCACCUACCAUGGUAUGUGCAAGCAGCUACUAAAAAACGAGCCUAUAUUCAGAGAAAAGAUCAAAGAAAUUAAGGAACUUUUCCAAAAGCUGAGUCCUCUGGACAUCCUGGAUACGCUUGAGAGCGAAUUUGAGAGCAGCGACUUCAAGAACCCAGACGUUGUCCAACCUCUCCUCUUUGCUAUUCAGGUUGGGAUUACUACCUUGCUCAGGCACUGGGGAGUCAAAGCUGAUGCAAUUCUUGGACACUCUGUUGGUGAAGUGGCAGCCGCUCACUGCUCUGGUCUCUUGUCUCUGGAGGAUGCAGUAAAAGUCAUAUAUUUCCGCAGCACUCUCCAGAGAAAAGUCACCGCGGGAAAGAUGCUCGUGAUCAGCAACAUGGCUGUAUCAGAGGUAUCUUCACUGCUCCCUCCUUACUCUGGUAAAAUUUGCCUUGCUGCAUAUAACAGCCCACAGUCCUGCACCCUUUCAGGUGAUGCAGACACAAUUGAGCGCUUCCACAAGGAGCUAAGCACCUCAGCUAAUAGUCAGAAUCUGUUCCUUCGUGUGCUGGAUGUCCCUGCUGCUUAUCACAGCCACAUGAUGGACCCAAUUCUACCAGAAAUUGUGGAAAAAAUUGGCAUCUUACAGGCAAAUGAUCUUGACACAGAGUUGUUCUCAACAGUGACAGGGAAGGAAGUCCAGCAGAGAGAUUUCUGCACAGGUGAAUACUGGGCUAGAAACAUUCGUGAGCCAGUUGCUUUUGAGCAGGCGGUACAGUCAGCAACUAGAGGAAAGAAGCACACGGUGUUUGUUGAGAUAGGUCCAAGAAGAGCACUGCAGAGAAACAUUAUGGAAUCUCUGGGAAAUGACACGGCUGUCCUUGCCUCCGUGCAGCCAGAAAGAGAUCAAGAAUCAGUCAUGUCUGUUUCUAAACUGUUUGAACUCGGCGUUCAAGUAGAUUGGAACACCUUCUAUAAAGGCUAUGAGACAGUGCCUCUGCCUUUUCCUAAAUAUCAAUUUGACUGCUCAUACAGGCAUGUUAUCAUUGGGGCAGCACAGAAUAACACAGCAAGCAAUCAUCCUGUGCUGUGUCAGACAGGAAGUGAAAGCAACAUUUUCACUUGUGAUCUAAAGUCUGACUCUACUUUCUACUUGAAAGAGCAUAAGCAUAAUGAUGUACCCAUCAUCCCUGGUGCUUUCUAUGCUGAGUUGGGUUUAGCUGCGUGCAUGGCCAGUGCUAAACCAAAAGUACCUCUCAGUUCACUGCAGCUCAGUGUCAAUUUUCACAGUCCAUUUGUUUUAACACAGAAUCCACCUGAAAUGAAAGUGCAACUAGAACAAACAGAGAGGGAAACCAGAUUCACCGCUCUCUCCUCAUCUGUACUUUAUGCAUCAGGCACUGUGGUUUCAAAGAAAGAGAGGCUGAUUGAGGAGCAGUGCAUUUCACUAAGCUCCAUCAACAAACGAUGCACAUCUGUAGUGAGCUUUCAGGAGUUUUAUGGAUAUCUCUCUCAAGGAGGUUUUCAGUAUGGAGACAUCUUCCAGAAUAAGAAGGAUGUGCACUAUGGAGAUGAUCUGAAAGAGGCUUUUGCAAAAGUCUCAGUUCCCGAAGAACUUCAGCCUCAUUUGCAUGGCUACUGCAUUCAUCCUGUCUUGCUGGAUUAUUUGCUGCAGCUUCUCCCAGUUACAGUAGAGCACAUCUUUGCUGGCAGGCCAGGAUUUCCUGCCAAAAUAGGAAGUCUUACAGUCUUUGAACCUUUGCAAAAUGAGAUGACUAUUUAUCUGAGAGCAACUGAUGUGGGCACUGAUCACUUUGGGGUUUGUGGGUGCUUUGCAGACAAGGAAGGCAGAGUGUUGGUUGAGGUCAAAAAUGUCAUAAUCAAGUACCUAGGCAGUCGUUCUCAUGUGGUAGAUGAGUACUUCUACCACAAUGCCUUCAACGUUAUCCCAAAUGAUCACAUUCCUACUCCUUCUCCAAAGGCGUUGGUGUUCUUCUUAAAAUCAGAGAUUAGGGAAAACUUUGAUGAGGUCUUAUUUUUGUGGGGCAAAGAAGACCUCACAUCACGGCCAGCUGAAAUCAUCCUGCAGAAUCUAGCUGACUGCUGUGAGAUUUUCCGCCAAAUAGUUGUUGAGCUAAAGCGAAUUCACUUCCCAAAAUCAAUUAGAGCAGUAACUUACCGUUCAUCUGACAUCACAGUAGACCACGUAAGUCCAGGUUUCGCUCUUGUUGGUAUGACACGAUCGUUCGCUGCAGAGCUACCAGAUCUUUCUUUUCAGCUGAUUGAUAUGAGCAGGAUCUCUGCAGAGGACAUUGCAGCUCUGUCUGAUGUCCUAAGGUCAUACCCAUGCAGCAAGCACCCAGAACUGGUGGUAAAAGAUGGACAGGUCUUGAAACCUUCCAUUGUGCGCACCCCGCUAGAAAUUACUGACAAUAAAGUAGGCACUUAUACAUCUGCAGUGUCUGAACCUUGUAUUUUUCUGACAGCUGAUCCAAAUGAAAUUACGCAACUGAGUGCCAUUCGCUCUGACGAGGAGGCUGAGCCGAUCAGUGAUACAUUCAUUGAAAUCCAGCCCAGUAAGAUAUGUGUUCACUCAUCCGACUAUUUCCCAGUCAGCACUUCAAAACUAAAAUUCGGCAAAACACUGUAUUGGAACACGCAAUCAUCUCAGAAACACAAGCUGCUCGCUCUUGACUUCAGCGGUACUGUCACAGCAGUUGGGAAAGAUGUAAGGAAAUUCAAAGUGGGAGAACAUGUUGCUUCCUGUUAUCCUGUGGUGGCAGCAAGUAAGAUCAGAGUACCACAGGAAGUGUGCUACAGCACCAAAAGGUUCCCAGUCCUCAAAAAAACACCGUGUGUUUCCUACUUUGUGCUAGCAUGGGAAAUCCUGCACCAAGCAUUGCACAGAGCCAAGCGUAAUAUAACAAUCAUAUGCUCUGUGCCUGAUUCUGCACUAGUGAAAGUCUUGGCAUUUAGCGCUUUCAAAUCAGGCUGGAAUGUGAAUGUUGAAACGCAGUGCAAUGGAACUUUUUUGGGUGCAGUUGUCAUUCUGCCUCCAUUUGAUGAAUCCCUAACUGCUCAAAUUUGCAACUUUCCAGGGUUACAACAUGUUGUAAUCGUAUGUGAAUCUCAGAAGCAGGAUCUAGUCGUUGAGGAAGUGUUCCAAAGUGCAAAUGAAGGUGUUCAUGUACAGACAAUUCAGAUGCCAGUCAUUUUCCAAAAGGGAUUCCUGAGAACACACAGGCCAUACUUUUAUCACUGGCUUAAGUCCUUAAACCUUAAUGGGAAAUUGGCUCUUGAAAGCUUUACCUUUCAGAGUGCAAAAUCUGAAAGAAAAAGCAUUGAUUCAGCAAAACCAGACUCAUAUUUCAGCUCCAAGAAAUUGGCUGUCGUAGCUCUAGAAAAUGAUUUUGGCAGCACACUGUCUGAGAUUCCACUUCUCCCAACAAAAAAACGGCUUUUUCGAAAGAGGUCUGUGUAUGUAGUGGCAGGUGGUCUUUCUGGUCUGGGCUUUGAGACUGUUAAGUUCAUCUCACAAAGAGGUGGUGAGUACAUUGUCAUUCUCUCCAGAAGCAAGCCCACACCAGAAGUACAGCAAGAAAUCAACAAUGUGGAGAAACAGUGUGGAAACAGCAUCACCAGCAUGGAGUGUGACAUAUCUGUUUCUGAAAAUGUGCACAAAGUCAUCAAUGUCAUUGGCAAGAAGUUCCCUGGUCGUCUGAUCAGAGGUGUGUUUCACAGUGCAGUAGUCUUGCAUGAUGGACUGAUUGAGACCCUUAACAGAUCUCUGUACGAGAAGGUUUUCAGGCCAAAAAUAAACGGUGUCCUGAAUUUGCACUAUGCAACAAAGCACUGUCCGUUGGAUUACUUUGUAUGUUACUCCUCCAUCUCCGCUUUCCUGGGAAAUGCAUCACAAACAAACUACGCAGCAGCCAAUACGUUUCUCGAUCUGUUCUGUCAAUACAGACUCAGCUUGCCUGCACAGUCUAUCAACUGGGGAGCUCUGAACCUUGGUCUGCUCUUGAACAAAGAACAUUUCCAGCGUUUUCUGGAGGCAAAGGGAAUGAUGAUUUUAGAUUUGGCUGAGAUUUAUCAAAGCUUGGAGCAAUGCCUUGUGCUCAACCAACCCCAGCAAGCUGUUUGCAGGUUUCACUUCAGAAACAUCAGAUACAAUAUCCUCUCCCAAAAUAAAGCCUUGACUAUGCGCCUUUCUGCAUUAGUUGAGGCAGCCUUUCAAAAAUCUAGAGAGACUUACUCUGAAACUAAACAAGAUGUCUGCGUCUCUCCAAAGGACUAUGUUGUCUCUCUACUUAGUGAGACCAUUGGCAUGGAGCAGAGUGAGCUGAAAGAUGAUUUACCACUUUCAUCCUUAGGCAUUGACUCUAUGCAGGCUAUGACUUUGCAGAAUUUGAUCUUUCAGGGUAGAGGUGUAAAUGUGCCUUUGGUGAAACUGUUGGAUCCCAAUGCAACUAUUGCAACAAUGGCAGUUCUACUGAGUGAAGGAGCUGAAGGCGAAAGUGUCAGUGAGAACCCAGAGUCUCUACCAGGUGAUGGCCAGUACUCAUCACUGUUAACUUAUAAAGUUGACGAACAUUCUGAAUUAAUGACAGUAAUGGAAAAAAGCUUGCGAUACAGCAGCAUGGCACCAUGUAUAAUGACGGUGGUGUCAUCUGCAAACUUCAGGAGUUUAACAGCCGAGUUCUUGGAGGUGCAGUCAUUGGUGUAG